AUGGCAUCUUCUGAGGUCGAUCAAAAAUUCCUUGGCAAGUUUGCCAAGGCAGAGGAGCAGACGAAUCCGCUGCUCUCUUCGAUUCUUUUCAAAAUCCUUGGCCUGUCCAUAAACCUGUCCCAGCACCUGGUCAAGGCGAGAAAACAACGUAAGCUGGAGCCCACGAGACCGACUGAGUCACUGGAUCUCUACUUCCACAUCAUCUGGCUCGCACGAGAGGGUUUGGUUAUGCUGGAGCAGUAUGUGAUCCCAAUGGUGAACAGGCAUAGCGAGCUGAAGGUGCUGGCCUACAAGCUACGCGCAUCGUUCUAUCACAUUUUUGUGCUUUUCCACAAUCAGCCGCCAGUGUCCUCGCAGUUCAUGCCCACGCCAGAAUCUGCAGGCACCUCGGCCAUUCCAGAGCUGCCGCCAUCGAAGAUCGACAAGGGCAAGGGGAUAGCAGGCGAGACCAGCUUACACUCGGUCGCCCCGUCAUACUCCCAUGGUGGGCCGGUCGCGCCGCCUCCGGGAUUUGGCCCAGAGGCUCCUGGUGCCUUCCUGCUACCGGCUGGCGACUACCUUCCACAGGCGCGGCGUUACUUCGAGGAGGCCGUGAUUCUCGCAGAUCAGCAUCUUUGGGGUUCACACUCUCUUCGCCUAUCAGUCAAGACCGAGUACUCGGCUUUUCUCUACGAGUGCGCCCACGACGCAGAAGAGAGUCGAAAGGUGGCUCGCAUGACGAUUAACGAGGUCUACGAGGCGACCGAAGGGAUCGAUAACGAGAUGUUCAACGAUGCUUGCGAGCUGGUCACUGUACUCGGGAGGAUGAUGAAACGUGGGCAGCCUGGCUCGGGCAAGGCGUCGAGUACGGGUACGGCACAACAGAAGACAUCACCUACAGUGCAGCCGGUGACUUCAGCGCAGCCGGUGACUACAGCACAACAACCAUCUCCGCCUGUCACAGCGGCGCAACCGCAACCAGGCUUCAUAUAG